AUGUCUGGAAAACUUCCGCAGAAAAAAUUUUUUCGACAACGAGCACACUCAAAUCCUUUCUCAGAUCAUCAUCUUGAUCCGAAAAGUCCUGCUGAAAUGGAUUGGUCCGCUCAUUAUCCAGCAUUCGUCUGUGAAGAGAAUCCUACUGAAUCAUCUUUUGACAUGCCCACCAAACAAGUGGGUCGACCACUAAUGAAAAAAAAAAUAGAGUUCGCUGAUCUGGGCUGUGGUUACGGUGGUUUACUUUUCUCACUCUCAACAUUAUACCCAGAGACACUAAUGCUAGGUAUGGAAAUCCGUGUAAAAGUUGAAGAGUAUGUACGUGAAAAAAUUAUCGCGUUAAGGUUACAACAUCCAGGACAAUAUCAGAAUAUAUCUAUAAUAAGAAUGAAUGUCAUGAAAUUUUUGCCAAAUUUCUUUGAAAAAGGGCAGGCCCGAAAACAUAAAGCCAGAGUUAUAACUAACCAACUAUUAGCGGAAUAUGCAUAUGUUUUGCGUGUUGGUGGUAUAAUUUACACCAUAUCAGAUGUAAAAGAUUUACAUGAAUGGAUGGUUAAACAUUUAGACGAACAUCCACUUUUUGAACGAAUACCGGAUGAAGAAGUGGAGAAAGAUCCAGUCAUUCCAAUUGUCAGAACUGAGACGGAAGAAGGCAAAAAAGUCGAGCGCAAUAAAGGCGAAAAGUUCUUAUCUUGCUAUAGACGUAUUACAAAUUAA